ACGGCGGUGUUUUUAAUGUCUUUGCACCUGUGAAACGGAAUGUAAUCUCACAGCUUUUGGGAUGCUGAUUUUUUUUUCUAAAGAAGCGCUCUUAGUCUCUUUGCAGAUUAAACGGACAUUUUGAAGUAAAUGAAUUAUUGAUUAGGUUGGUUUCAAGAGUUGUAAUGCGCCUGUAAAGUUUUGGAUCUGCCACACCCGGUGUUGUCCGAGUGACGGAGCAGCAGGACAGACUCAGGAGUGGAAAUGUGUCUCACUUGUGUUUCCUGACCGUCAAAAAAAAAUACAAUCCUAAACUCCGGCUGGAGGCUCGCACGGUUUGGUUUAUAACUGGACUCAGGUGGAGACUUACGAUGUUCACUGUUGGAUACACAGGAUGCUUCCACACGUCUCGCACAACGUGCCAGCAGAAGGACAGCGGAUGUCUGUGAACUUCGCUUGACAUUUUCUCUUAAUCCCCGAAGACCUCUUUAAAGCUUUUAUCUCCUUAAAGCGCCAUGAUUUUAAUAACUUUUGUGUUUAUAUUGUCCUUCCCGGACUCCGUGUUCACCUUGAGGGGUGACAGCACCUCUCCCUCCCGCUCCCCUCGUCUGGACUGCGUGAAGGCCAGUGAACAAUGUCUGAAGGAGUACAGCUGCAGCACCAAAUACCGGACCAUGAGGCAGUGCGUGGCCGGGAGGGAGAGCAACUUCAGCGCGGUGACCGGACCCGAGGCGCAGGGCGAGUGCCGCAGCGCUAUAGACUCCAUGAAGCAGAGCCAGCUGAACAACUGCAGGUGUAGGAGAGGCAUGAAGAAGGAGAAGAACUGCCUCAGGAUCUUCUGGAGCAUAUUCCAGAGUUUACAGGCUAAUGAUUUGCUGGAAUACUCUCCAUAUGAGCCAGUCAAUAGUCGCCUCUCAGAUAUCUUUCGCCUGGCCCCCAUCAUAGCUGCUGAGCCUGCAUCCACAAAGGAGAACAACUGUCUGAAGGCUGCCAAGGCGUGUAACCUGAAUGACACAUGUAAGAAAUACCGCUCAGCUUACAUCAACCCCUGUACCAGCAGGGUGUCUGCCUCGGAGGUCUGUAACAAGCGAAAGUGCCACAAAGCCCUGCGACAGUUCUUUGACAAGGUUCCAACCAAGUACAGCUACGGGAUGCUGUUUUGUUCCUGUCCAUUGGGGGAUCAGACAGCAUGUGCUGAACGCAGACGACAAACAAUUGUACCCAUAUGCUCCUAUGAGGAUAAAGACAAACCGAACUGUCUGUCUCUUCAGAACACUUGCAAGACUAACUACAUCUGCAGGUCAAGACUGGCAGACUUUAUCAGCGCCUGUCAGCCUGAACCUCGCUCAAUAUCCGGCUGUUUAAGGGAGAACUAUGCUGACUGUCUGCUCUCCUACUCAGGUCUUAUUGGUACGGUGAUGACACCAAAUUAUGAGCGAUCACUUGGUAUAAGUCUGUCACCAUGGUGCGACUGCAGCAGCAGCGGGAACAGCAAACCAGACUGUGAAAGAUUUUCAGAGUUUUUCACCAACAAUCGAUGCCUACGUAAUGCUAUCCAGGCAUUUGGCAAUGGUACUGAUGUUGGAGUAUGGCAACCCCAACCCCCAAUCCAACCGACUGUACUAGAGCCGGGCAUCACUCGGAAGGGGAAACAUGGAACCAGUAAUGCACUGGAUGCUCUGACAGAUGUGACCAAACUGGGACUUCAUGGAGACUCACUCUAUCACAUCUGUGGGACCUUACAGGCUCAAAAACUGGUUUCAAACGUCACAGUGGAUACUUCUCUUUGUGUGAACCAUCAUCUUGAUGAGUCUAUAGACUCUAAUGCCAUCGCUCGAAGCUCAGCAGCGGAACACAUCUUGCUUCACUCCCCCAGCACCUUGGCACUGGCCUUUGCUUUAACACCAAUAGUAUUACAGCUUGAAGGUUUCCAGCUUUUGUAGGAUCUGAGGACUUUCAUGGAUCAACACUCUAAUCUCCAGAAGCGAUUCAACUCUCUUAAUUUCCACGUUUGCUAAAGUGUGACACUUCUUCUUGAAAUGGAAAUGAGAAAGAGAGGCCGAUGAGAGAGCACCAAAUUCAAAGACAACAGUGGAUAUAACCUGAGGAGAUCAUGUUGACUAAAAACAGACCUGCUGAAACUAUUGCUAAGAUAUCAACUCAUUUGCCUUUCAUGCCUGGUGGGGGCAAUUUGGUGACUUCAAGAACAUGAUUCACACUUGGAAACGAUCUUGGAGUUGAACCAUGUGAUCUGAUAAGCAUUAGCAUAAAUUCCCUUCUUUGGAAUGAGUGUGAUUAGUGCACGUUUCAACGAGUGGACUGCCAAUGUGCUGAAUGGCGUUUGGAGGAUAAAGCAGAUCAUUGUCUGCGUAACUGUGCUGCCAACAAACUUUAGUUCAAAAAACUGAGAAGUGUGGAUCUUAAAGUGUUGCUCUACAAAAGAUGCUACAGUUUUCAGAAAAUAAGUAAUAGGAUUCAUCACACAUGUCAACAGCCCUUGCAUUUGUCAGAAUAUCUUCAAAGGUGAAAUAAAUAUGCCGCAACAAAGUAACAUAAAAAAAAAAAAAACAUGUUCCGUACUAAGUAUACGUCAGUUUUGUAGAUAAACUUGAUUGUUAUGGUGGUCUGUGGUUUUAUCAAAUCACCUCCAAAAGGACAUUUUGUACAUAUGAUAGAUAAUGUGACACUCUAUGACGUUAUGCUGCCGCUAGUUUGUAACAUAUUGUGUGUAAUGUUUUUGAGAGUCUAUGUUAGUAUUCAGUGACUGAAUUCUGUCAGUCUCACUCAGUGUAGCUAUGAUUUAAAAUAUGUGAUUGGGUAUGAUCCUUUACUCCUGUGGUUACAGAUUUGACUUUAUUGUGUGGUUAUAUUUGGAUUGCAUUGGAUGAGGCUAUCUUAAAGCAGUAUUUUAGAGAGGGGUAUCAAACUAUUUGGGCAGUAGCAACUUGAACAGGCUGAAAGAAAGUAAGGUUUUUUUUUCUAGCAGCAGUUGAAAAGUUAGAUGAAGGUUGAGACUUCAUCUAUUUGUUUUUCAUUUGUCACUUUAUUUCUUUCUUUUGGGAGAGAGCAAAAGGACAGGGGUUUUCUUUUUUUCUUAAAGGAUGUGUACAUACCCACAAGUAAAGAAAAUGCCAAAAGACAAAAGCCAGUAGACGUUAAUUGCUAGCAAUCACCGCAGAUGCAAAUGGAGUAAAAACAUGAAAACAUUUAUUAUGAAGAUUAAGCUACAAUUAUCAGAGACAUUAAAGAAUGUACAACAUUAUGACAAUGGACAGUGAAAACUUGUUUUGAAUCAAUGACACUUUUUAAGUGUCAAAAGUGUCUGUUUAAACCCCCCCUUGUAUGAAACCUCCAGACAUCUUAACUCAAGCUGUGAUGAUGCACUGUCCUUAUGGAUCGCAGAUCAGAUUUGUUUUUGUUGUUAUGAAAGGGUCAAAAAAGUUUUGGCAGAAAAUACUACUUCCGUGUUUAUCUAGACAAAAAAACUGUCAUUACUUGAAACAUCUGACAAAGCACACAGCCUUUAUGUGCAAGUGAACAUUAAAACAUCUUAAAAUUAGACAUCUGUUCAGUGUUUGCCAAACAGCUGAAAUAAACAUG